AUGCGCCUGUUGCGACUACACCAUGGCCUUGCUGCCGAAAAGUCAUACUUGACAGUGAGAUGCAGUUCUCGACGCUGCUUUUCCAGCACACAUCCCCAUCAUGACCUGACACCUUUCUCGCGCCGAUUAUUCAAACUACCCUCCGCACCGUCUCCGCCUUCACAACACCACAAUGACCUGACCACAUUCCUCUCGUACGCCAACCAUAUAUCGCUCCCAGAGGCAAGCACAGUUUAUGUCGGCACACACUAUGAAUACACAGUUCUUCAAACACUCCGCCAAUACGCCCUAGCUCUACAGCGCAUCGGCGGCCGCGACGACGCCGGCAUCGACCUCGUCGGAACCUGGCACCUCCCCGAACGCGAACGUUCACGUGCGCUCCGCGUCCUAGUCCAAUGCAAAGCCCUCAAAACCAAGCUCGGUCCGAAUCUCGUGCGUGAACUGGAAGGAACAUUCCGCCAGGCUCCUGUUGGCUGGCGCACGGGCCAAACAGUCGGCGUGCUGGUCGGACCGCGCGAGGCAACCAAAGGAGUUCGCGAUGCGCUUGCACGGAGCAGUUACCCCCUAUUCUGGAUGAUGAUUGAACGGGACGGGACUUUGAAGCAGGCUCUUUGGAACGCUCGUGCCGAGGAACUCGGGCUUGGGCCUCUAGGUGUGGAAACGCGAUAUGGGGCGGGAGGUGAGUCCGGCUCGGUUACCAAGGAGGUAACUUUGACCUGGGAUGGAUGUGAUAUCCCUGACAUGGGUUGCGUGGAGCUUGAUCUUGCUCGGUUUGAGGACCAAUGGGUCGCAUCUUGGGGUGCGGACUUGCCGAAGGUUGAGAAGACUGAGCUGCUCGAUAUUGCUGAGAGGGUGCUGCCGCAUGGUCAGUCCGGAUUGUCGUUGGAUGGAACAAUAUCGGAUGAAGAUCGGAUGAAAGUCUUACAGGCUUUACAUCAGCGGCAUACUGAUCUAUCGAUACCGGCAUGA